UUCAGCCGGGGGCGGGGAGACGGGCCGCGGCGGCAUGGCGCUGCCGGUGCUGUCGAGCUCCGGGGUGAGGUUCAGGCGGGUCCUGGCGCAUUUCCCUCAGGAGCUCAGCCUGGCGUUCGCCUACGGCUCCGGCGUCUUCCGGCAGGAGGGGGCCUCGGCCGGGCACAGCGAGAACAAUAUGCUGGACUUCGUGUUUGCGGUUGAUGAUUCUGUGACCUGGCACAUGAUGAACCUGUUAAAGAACAAGAGUCAUUAUUCUUUCUUAAAAGUCUUUGGGCCAAAGCAGAUAAGUAACAUACAGAGCUAUGGAGCAGGGAUUUACUACAAUACUUUAGUGCCGUGCAAUGGCAGGAUGAUAAAAUAUGGUGUAAUUAGCACUGAUACCCUGAUUGAUGAUUUACUUCACUGGAAAACCCUCUAUGUUGCUGGACGCCUACAAAAACCGGUGAAAAUCCUGACACAGAAUGAGAAUGGCAAGCUGCAAGCUGCCCUUGUUAGCAAUCUGAAGAGUGCAGUCACAGCAGCCUUUCUCAUGUUACCAGAAAGUUUCUCUGAAGAAGACCUCUAUAUGCAGAUUGCAGGACUCUCCUAUUCUGGUGAUUUCAGAAUGAUAAUAGGAGAAGACAGAUCGAAGGUGCAGAACAUAGUGAAACCCAAUGUUCCCUACUUUCAGAAGUUGUACAGUAACAUAUUACAGGACUGCCCUCAAGUGGUAUAUAAGCACCAUCUGGGAAGGCUAGAGAUCGAUAAAAGUCCAGAAGGUCAAUUUGCACAACUGAUGGCUUUGCCAAAGAGUCUGCAGCAGAAGAUAACUUCUCUGGUCGACCCUCCUGGAAAAAACAGGGAUGUGGAAGAAAUUUUACUGCAAGUUGCCCAUGACCCUGAUUGUGGAUUUGUGGUGCAUCAAGGAAUCUCAGGCAUUGUGAGAUCUUCCAGUAUAGUGCAGAGUGCUAAAACCAUACUAACAGCUGGAGCAAAGAAAUCUGUAACUUACAGUAUGAAGAAAUUGUAUAAAAUGACAAAAGGAUGGUUAAAGAAGACAUCUUGACUCUUGGCACGCUGCGUAUGGGUAAACAAGGGUUCCUUUUCUCCAAAUGUUUUGCAGGUGUUGCUGAGCCCACUUGCAAAGAUGAAAGUCUACUGAAGAAGCCAGUUCAAAUACCUUCCCUGUCCACUUUUACUACUGCAGUAGAAUUUUUUUAUUAGAGGGGAGAUUUGAUGGCAGUAGGGCAAAGGAAUUACUGUGUAAAUACUAAAAUAACUUUUUACAGUGUAUAUGAAUUACGUUUUCAAGGAAUUUUUAGAAACCUUGAGUGAAGGUGAUGAAUUGUACAUACAAUAAAAACCAAAGCCAUUUAUUUUGUAUGUAUCGAUAGCUCUAUUUUUUGAAAAUGUCACCAGGGGUCUUUUGAAGUGUUCUUAAGGUGUCGUUCUCUCAGACACAGAACUGGAGAGUCCAUAGAGCUUUAAAUGUAUUUAUUUCCAUGCUUGCAAUUUCAUUCUUAAUUUUUUUUUUUUUGAAGAUACUAAAUGGGUCUGUCUGCAGGUUGGACCUCAGGAAAAGCCCGGGAAGCUUGUCAAGUUCAUUUGGUAAAAUUUGUAUCUUCUUUUAAAUGAGGUUCAGGUGACAACUGCCUAACUCAUAGCUAAGCAUUGUUAGAGGUGUCAUGGUUGUAAGGGAAGUCAUACUUUUGUUCACAUUCAGCAUGUACUUGUACACUUAUGAAAUGUUUUUGGCAAAGGAUUUUAUCAAAAUGCUCUAAAAUCAGGAAUUUUAUGGAAAAAAUACCUAUUCUAUAAUUCAUUGGCUUUUUUUGGUUUGUGAAAAUCAUGUCCACAAGUAUAAAACCUGUUCACACUUGCUCAAUUAAAUGAGCUGUGAUGAAGAAGUUGGACCAUCACAUGAAUUCUUACAUCACAUCUGUGAUACCAUUAAGGAAUGGAAAUUUAUGGCAGUGCUGAUAUGUGACACAAUAAAUUUGAAGCAUCUGUUGUAAGAUGUAGAGUUUGUAAGACAAAACCCUUUAUGUCCAUUUCGUGAUCUUAGGAGGCUGGCUGUCCUGGUGCUGCUCUGUUCUGCAGAAGUUACAGAAAUGCAAACCAAUGUUGGUGUAGAUGGUAUUCUGCAUCUCUAUUAAGAGGCCAAAGUCCCUGAUUUGGAGAAGGAAAAAAAAAAAAGAUUAGGGCAUUUUAACCACUGCUGAAAUUAACCCUGGUUUUUGGUUGGAUUUUUUUUUUUUUUUUUUUUUUUUUUCUUGCAUGAAGAGAUCCUUUGUGGAUAAUCUAGAAGUGCUUUAUACAAAGUAGAGCGUAUCCACUUCAAAGUGGAAUUUGUGUGCAAUGAGAAUUUGAACUUGUCAUACAGUUUCUUAUUUCUUGUAUUUCUUACAUACGCCAUAGUUAAAGCAAAGUCAGAUAAUGACUGACUUAGUUGUAUGUUUGGAAAAUUCUUGAGAACAAAGAAUAUGGAUGCUGGUGGUAGAAAUGCACCCUGACGGAUAGAAGGCUUUUGGACACAGGAACAGCACGAGAAAGCAUUCGGAAGGGAGCCAUGGCUUUUUGAAUGAGCUAGCUGCCAAGUGAGAAGUGCAGCGUUGUCAAAACGGCCUGAUACAUUCAUCUAAUGAGGCAACAGCUUUUAUUUUUUGUUCCAAGGGAAGUAUGCAAUAGGGAAAAUUGCAUAUGGGAAGGUCUGUGAGCCAAGACCCGUUUUUACACCAGCAGUUUGUAAAUUUUUAAUAUGGUCCUCUGUAUUAUUGGGGGGAAGAGAGCCACCAUCUACUGGAGGGCUUAGUAUGCAAAUAACCCACUAAAUUAAAGCCUACAAUGAAUAAUGGUUUAAUAUAUCAUUUUCUCACCAUUGUCCUUGUCAGAUUUGAUGAAUUUCAGUGAAAUUAUGUUCUUGUGCAUAAGUUCUGUUCUUGUAGUCAGCUUUUGAAAAAAUUCCUGAAAGUAGAAAAGCAGAAUUAACUUUGCUUCUAGAAAUUCCAGUGACUGCACGUGAAAUUGUUAGGAAAUUAUUCAGUGUAUACCACUGAAUGUGUGAUUAGAUAAUUAAGGCUAGGAGCUAAAGUUCUGUGUCAUUUAUCUCCUCUUUGUAACUGAAAAUGUAACUGUUACAUUUCUAUAAUUAUCACUCCAGCUAGAAUCCCAAAUUUUCUUAGUGCAAGACAAAAAUGUACAAACUGAAGGGAAAGAAAAUCAUCUGUAGUCCACAGGUGAAGCAGUAACUGACCCACAGAAUGAAUAAGCAAUAUGGCCCGAUUAAAAAGUGAUCAGCGGCAAAACGAGAUGCCCUUCCAUUUUAAGGAGCUCCCUUCCCCUGUAGUACUGCAGUUAUGUGCAGGUUUAGAUCUUGAGCCAUACUGGGAAGUAACACCAUGGGGCAAAACCUUCCUGACAACCUGCGUCUUUAUUUUUAUACUUUCUUCCUGUGUAAAGGUGAAGAUGGGGCUUUUAAAGCUUGGUUAAAUAACAGUACCACGGGAUGCAAAACCACUAGCUCAUAAAUUACUGUUGCUGCAAACUCUGGUUGAAAGAGAUCAUGUGUCAUGAGAUUGCUUAACAUCUGGUUGAGAAUUCCUACAAGCAGAGCAUUUAGUCACAUGCUUGACUUAAAGUGCAUGCAUACUUACCAUUGCUUAAAUAAGUAUUUAAUUCCCUUCUGGAUCUAACAAAUGUAGGGACUGGGCUUGAAUUUACAGAAGUUUAAAAAUGUAAAAUAAAUGGUGUGCUGUAUGAAUAUUGUUGGACAUUCAUGAUCCGUUGGGAAAUGGCUGCACUAUGAAGGCAGUAAUAGAUUGUUCUCUUCAAUGCUCUUUUUUUUUUUUGUUACCUUGAGUUUGUGGCUCUUCUUUAAGUUGAGAAGUGCACCUUCUGAGCUUUAAAUGGAACAUCUUUUCAGUGCAUCAUGGAUUAUAAGAUGCUCCGUGUUUCUUAAAGGCUUAAAUUUCUAAUUACUGCUACGUUUGGGAAUGAGCAGCAGUUAAUCUAGAAACUUCUAAAUGAUGAAAUGCAGUUGUAACUCUACUGAAGCAUUGAAGAGAACAACAGUUUUCUUGUAAAACCAUUGGCCAAUUAAAUAUGAUUAUUGUAUAAAUACAUAUAAUAAUUAAAAUUAACCAAUAAAAUAUGAAGUUCUGAAUAUUAAAGUAAGAAAUCUAGAAAUGGUUUUGGUGUCUUAGAAGGUGCUUGCUAAUGUGAAGUAGUGGUUCAAAAAAUUACAAUUAUAAGUCAAUGUGAUGUGUAAGAAUGAAUUGACCUUAGCUCCUGUUGUACAGCAGAGGUAUCUUAAUUCUGAACAUUGCUAGCUAACAAGGGCAUUUAAUCAAGAAAUAUAUAUUUUUUUUUUUUUGAGAAAAAUAAGGAUGUACUGCUUGCUGUUAGUAGCUAAUUAAACUUUAUAUUGCAGCAGAUGUUGUACAGCAUCAAACCCUUCCAGCCUUUAAACUGUUUGUUGUGUGGCUGGUGGAUUGGUCUUUCACUGUGCAGGUGUUUCUUUACUGCAGUUUGCCUGUAAUGUGAACUGGCUGUGUUUGUCUUGCAUGGACAAAAUACCCAUUGCCUAUCUUGAUUUGGCUUUGUGAACUUUCUUUGUGUACAGCAAUAUAACCGGUCAUUUCAUGCUCUUUAGGGAGAGUUUUGCAAAUCCCAGUUUAGUAGUUCCUAGUUUACUCCAUCUGUUGAUACACUGCCAGUAUUCAACUCUGUGUAGUAAAUCUUUGUGAAGUUCUUCCUCAUAAUCCAUAUAGGCUGAAAUCUUAAACUGUAUUCUGCUCUGUAAAUCAUUUAUCUCUGUGCUUUUUAAAAAGUGGCCUACCUUUCCCCUUGAGGCCAUUGGUCUUGAAUGUAUUUAUUUUUCUGGCAGAGAGCCAUGAAUGAAUCAUAGCCCAGAGCAGCUUACAGUCUGAACUCCUCUCUAUUGUUAAUAUAAAAUACUUCAUGCGGUUGUUACAGCGUUAUGCUAUGUAAAACUUUUAAGAGAAGAGAGAUUGAUUUCAGACAUGCUAGUUGCUUUUGAAGUUUCCCAACAGUAUGUGGAAGUGAUUUCUUAUGGUCGUGCAGCUGUAAUUCACUAAGAUCACUAGUUGCAUGGGAAGUUGGUACAUGAGAAUGUUACUCUGUCACAGUGCAGUGUGUUUGUUCUUUUGUGAAAAUAGUCACACCAGCUUUUCAUUCCAUUUGUAACUUUCCUGUUUGUACCUCCCUGCUCUGUUUCCAUAUUGCUUUAUUUUUUUAAUUGUUCUUGAAUUAAUUCACAAGCCUUUUGUUCUGUUCUUCAGACACCCCUCAUUUCUGGCUUGGCCAUUCUGCUGUGGAUAUUGUUUCAUGCUUCAUCCUCUCUUUUUCUGGACGUGAUUUAUUUCUUGAUGUUUAAAAGGCUUCUUUGUGCUGAAGAGCCUGGGCCCAAUCAAAGUACCAAGGAUUUCCGUAGGUGAGUCAGCACUGUGGGCCUGGCUGACUCUGAGAUGGACAGUGCCAGUGGAGUGUAACUUCAUCUCAUGCUUCAGAGGAAAUAAACUGCACGACACCGGAUGAAUGGGGAAUAAAAAUAUGACCGGGUGCAUAACCCAUAGAUUUGUUUCUACUUUUUACAGUCUUUCUUCUUGAUGUUGAGUCUUUUUAUUAACUUGCCUUUAGUUCUGAGCAACCCAUUUGACUAGCAUUAUGAUGUUUGGCUGUUCUUAGCUGAUGAGUGCAUAAAAUUGUGCCACACAAGGUGCUGACUUCAUCCAUAAGUGUGCAUAAGUUGUGUUCUUAAUCACUUUAUUUCCCCUUUUCGCAAGUAUUUGAAUAGUAAGUUUCUCCAGGUGGCUGGCUGUAUGACCCUUCAAAUAUUGGCUGUCUUUAAUGUAUUUAACUUUGUUUCAAUUGUAGACACUGUAUUUCUCAUCUGCACUUCAGGGUGAUUUCUCUUUACAUUUGGUUCAGCUUGCUUGUUGGCUAACUUGACUGACAGAUGGAGUUCAACAGCCUUAUCAUUAACAAGGUGCCUCUAGGUAGCACACGGCUGAACAAGUGUGGUUUCUUUCUUUUAUAGGCCUAACCUCUGUAGUAUCCCAUAGCUUUCUGAUGUUUGCAACAAACAUCUUUGCCCAACUGGUGAGAUACAGGUGGAUAUGGAGGCCAGUAUUCCCAGACAGUUUAGGGAGCUGAACCCUAAGGUCCUUUUUUUUUUUUUAAAUUGAUUGAAGAGAUAAUACUGGAGCCUGUUCUGCCUCAGGGAACUUUAGAACAAACAUAGCACUUGGUGAGUAUCCAGUAGGGGGGGAUCCAACCAGGGUUAUGACUCAUGCCUUUUCCCAGCAAUUAAUUUAAAAAUAGAAUUGAAAUUGAAAUAUGCUUUAAAGGUCAGAAUGUCAGGUCAGUGUGUGUCUGAUAGUUUUUAAUGGUAAGGUGUUUACAGGGGACAAAGCAUUCUUUAUUUUUGAGGUCACUUCUGUUGGCCAUAUAUUGCGAGUGUGUGGACAGUUAACUGUCUUUGUAUUAUCUACUGCAGGAAGAAGAGACAUUACCUUUGUAUAGCUAUUUUCUGGUAUCUUUUUAGUCUGGGUAAACAGCUGAUCCUUCUCUCUGUUAUGAAACCAAAGUAUCAAGUGACCUCGUUUACCUUUUGUUUUCUAGAUAAAAAUCUACAACAUGGCUGUUAACUGAUCCUGCCUGCUUUAGAGAAGAGGCUGUGUUUUAUUCCUGCAUGUUUUAACAGUUUAUUCAGGCUUCUUAAAUCAGAGAAGAAAUGAGUUCAGUUUUAGUACAUGAAGGUGAAGCUUCAGACUGUGCAGUUACAUUAUUCAUGUAUAAACAAAUAUCUCAGUUACAUCUUUUAAGUCUAGCCUAAGAACUUGGUGUCACUUUUACCUUCACAGUCCCUUGCUCUGCCACAACCUUCCCAUCAGUGUUGGAUAGCUGUUUUGACAGUUGUUCAUAUUUUUCUGAGAAAAUGAAAGUCAUGCAGCUGCAACGACGAAUAUUCUGGUAUGUCUGAAACUUCAUGCAAAUGGAAUGGCUAUCAUGAGGGUUCUUCCUGAUUUUAAAUUUGAAUAGAAUUUGGUUCUUAGCUGCUGCAACCAUAAGGGGUUGUUGUUAGAAGUCAAUAAAUUGUACAUAACGUUCUGGCUCCUGCUUCCUUCACCUGUCUUUUUUUUUGGUACCAUCAGGCCCUCUUUGAAAGUCUUGAGCCUCAUGUUUAAAACACCUCCUCUAUUCCCCUGAACUAAGUAAACCAUUAAGUUAAAUGUGUCAUUUUAGCUUUAUUGAAUUAAUUUGUAUUACUUCUCUUACACUGAGCCUAUUUAGCUCUAUUGGUUUACUCGGUGAAUGUGGAAGGCUGUGUUCCCACAGAGUGGAUUUUUUUUUAAUCUCUGUCUCCUGCCAAAGUUUCUCCAAACCUCCUAUUUUAAAAUCAGUAGUGAAACAUGAGAAGGAGACAUUCAGUAUGUGGUGGUGUUUUUUUUUUCCUUCGUGUUGCCAUCCUCAAAUUAUCUUGCUCUUAGCAGUGAUGAAACGUCUGGCUCGGUCCCUGUAGAAGACAAGACUGAGAGCCAAGAAGUCAGUAGCUUUGAAUGCCUUGAGAGGGGUGCAGGAGAGGGGGAGGAGCCGAUUACAGAAUCCUCUCAAUGUCUCAUCUCUCCCAGUGUCUCAUCUCAUGACCCUGUUGGAGUGCACUGCGUUCUGAGGGGAGCUUUUUAAAAUUGAGCUGUUUUCAUACUGAAGUCUUGUUGAUCUCGUUUCUUUAAUUGCCUUACAAGUCUGGCGUUGAGACAUACACAUCCUGGAUGAGGAGGUUCUGCAUGCUUAUGGCAAACUCUUACCCUCAUCCUUAGUUAAAUCAUUUAAAGAUGCAUCUCUGUUUCCUUUCUAGCUUUCUAGUAAUUUCGGUAGGAAUCUUUCCAAUAGCAGGUUACUUUUAUCUAGUAAUUUGCUGGUAGUGUCUUUGGUUUAGAAACAGUUCUGUUGACUAAAAACUUUUUCUUGCAGCUUUGAAAUAUAUGUAAAUUAUGUAGUUUACACCGAUUUAGUACAUAAGCUCAAAGCAAUUUUGCAUCUGAUCAUGAAAUGCAACCUGUUCAUUAUUUUAGUGAUCCCAGUUAAAAAUAAAAUUUGCUAAAAUUUGUUUUUUUUUAUCUGAGAAAAUUAAAAGAAGAACCUAACAGGAAGUGAAAUCUAUUAGAUGGAUGUGAUAACUGCACAAGAAGGGGAGAAAAAUCAGGGAAAAAUGUAUAACUUAUUCUGAAUAUGUAACUACAUCUGUGUAUCACUGAUUGUACUGAGUUUAUCACUCAGGGUUUUGCAGUGAACCAUUUGUGUCCAUUUUAUCAUUAUUAAUGAACUUGGACAAAACUUCUACAAAUUAAAACCAGUGGGUUAAUGCUGAAGAGCGCUUUUAAUCUGUCAAUCUGACACUCCUUUUUCUGCUUAGGUAUCUCAUCUUUUUUCAUCUUAUGGGAAUCACCAUAGGGUACAAUCUUCUUUCCUGGAACAAAGCAAGCAAAAGUACCUGUGGUUAAAUGUUCUGAAACAACAGUUAGUGGUGCUCAUGUUUCUGUUCAGCUCGGGAAGUAUUUUACUGUUUGCUUUAAGAUUAUGCUUCUGUUCUGACCCUGCUCCAACUGAAAUUACAGAGUCUCUUUUAAUCUUCCUUUGGAUGAUGGGGCAGACAAUAAUGAAGAGGGCAAGCUUUGUCUUGAAGCAGGUAAUAAAUAACCAACUCCAUCAACUCACAGUUUGGAUCGACUAGUCUGUCUGGAAUUACUGCUAUUUAACACAUUAUGUUCUAAUGAAAUAAUAAACUAUCUUUGAAAAAAUUAGCGUCUUUUAAAAUCUUAUGUGGCAUGUUGUUUUCAAUUUGGAUGUGUUCUUACAUGAUAGCUUUGAGAUGCAGUGCAAACAAACUUUUACUGAGAAGAGCUUGAGAUUCAAAGUAUAGCAGUCUUGGCAUUGAAGAAAGUCUGUUUGCUUGUGAGGCUGUGUAAUUUGUUGUAGAUAAAAAUGUAUUCUGACAUGGUUUUAAAAGAUGCUGUCAUUGAUAAAAAAUAUUUUAUUUAAAGAAGAUAUAAAUAGAUGUAUGCAUUAUAACUGUACUGACAGACACUGUGAAUGAAUAACACACCUUAUGUAAUCUGUGAUAGGUACAGGCUGCUCUGAAAGUAAUGCCUCCCGUUUUAUGUUGACCCCCCCACUUCAGAGGUGGAUGUUGGUGAUAUGGCUGUAGAGGUUGAACCUUCCCAUCAAUAUUAAAUUACGUCCACAGGUGUGCCAUAGUGUUGUGCCUCAGCUGCCUGCUUCCAGUCCUCAUUCACUGCUCUGGA